AUGAGUACCACUCAAGCGCCUUACCAGUCCUCCACCUUCGGAGGCUACCAAGACCCCAACUCCACCACUCCAACUGGGACCAACGUCAACACUGCAGCUAGCACCGGUGACCCUUCCACUGGACCUGCCUCAAAGUCAGCCGGCCCACAUGACUCCAAUGUCGCCAACACUCUCGAUCCCCGCGUCGACAGCGACAUGAACAACCGGGCCCAGUACGCCCCAGGCAUGGCCGCCUCCGGCAACGUCCACCCGGGCGCCACACAGAGCUACGACAACCCGAACAGCACCAACGCUGGCCCUCACGGCUCCUCGGUUAUGAACAAGCUCGAUCCCCGCGUCGACAGCCAGACAGGCAACACGACCACCAAGACGACCAACCAGACAGGUACAGGGACCUCCCGCAAUCCCACCGAUACCUCUGGAGCGGGUGCGCGUGUCACGCGCGGCUCCUCGACCACCUCCGUCGGAGCGCCUGGAACGGAAGAUAAUCGCUCGCGAUAUGACCCUAACGUAUCGGGAUACAACCCCGCGACUGGGUCGGGAUACGCGACGACCGGCGGCGUGGGCCACCAGCCGGUCCCGGGAUCCAGCAGCUACGAUAAGCAGGACUACCGAGCUGAAUAUGCGCCCAGCACUACAAAAAAGGAGUACACCGCGGAUGGACAGAGCCGAUCAGCCGCCAAGGGCGAGGAGAUUGGCCGUGGGGUGAGAUCAGCCAUUGCUGGCAUUCACGGUGCUGGGGAGUCAUUGCGGGGAGCACUGAAUGCAGCUGUUGACAAGGCAUUUGGUCAUGAAGAAGGCGCAGCGAAGAACGAGGCCAUUGCGAAUAAGGGUGAGCAGGAGAUCCAGUCGGGGACGCUUGCUGGCCAGAGGGAGACUCGUUAG